AUGGAUCAGAUCAAGAAGCGCAUGGAAGCUCUCCGCGUCGAGGCGGAUGAGAGCAGCGCCCGCGCUGAGGAGCUCAAGGCCAGGGUCAAGCAGCUCGAGGCCGAGACGACACAGAAGGAGCAGGAGAUCACCUCGUUGACGCACAAGAACUCUGUGCUCGAGAGCGAGGUUGAGAAGCUUGAGGGGCAAGUCAAGAUCCACAAGGACGAAGCUGGUGCAGGCGCUCAAGCCGGCACUCAAGCCGAGAGCCUCCAGCGCAAGAUUCAAGUUCUCGAGGAAGAAGCUGAGGAGUCGGACAGGACGAUCCGCGAGCUCAAUGAGAAGCUCCGCCAAACCGACGUCAAGUCCGGCCACUACGAACGCAAAGUCCAGGCUCUCGAGCAAUCCCGCGACCAGUGGGAAUCCAAGUAUGAGGAGAUGGCCAAGAAGUACGCCGACACCAAGAAGGAGCUUGACGACUUCGUCAAGGAGAUUGGAAACAUCUAA